GUUUUAAAAAUUUGUUUGACACAGAGAGAGAAAGCGCAAGUAGGGGGUGCCAGAGAGGGAGAAGCAGGCUCCCUGCUGAGCAGGGAGUCCGAUGCAGGAUUCAAUCCCAGGACCCUAGAUCAUGACCUGAACCAAAGGCAGAAGCUAAACCAUCUAAGCCACCCAGGCGUCCGAGAGUAGAUACCUCUUUAAGACCAUGAUUUCAUUUCCUUUGGAUAUAUACCCAGAAACGUGAUUGCUGGAUCAAAGGGUAGUUUUAGUUUUAGCUUUUUGAGGAAACUCCGUACUGUUUUCCACAGUGGCUGCACCAGUCUGCCUGCCCACCAACAGUGCAUGGGGGCUCCUUCUCCACACCCUUGCCAAGCCCUGUUGUUCCUUGUCUUCUUGGGACUAGCCAUCCUGACAAAUACGAGCCUACACGGCUACUGGGAAAUUCAAAAACAUGCACGUGGCUUGCAUCUGGGGCUUGUGUCCUGUUUCCAUUGGACAGUGCUGCUUGGAACAUCCUUCUCCUGGUGCUCCUGGAACAUCCUCAGCUGUGGCCACAGCCGGAGCCUGUUACGUGGAUUAAAUGUGGUAUUCCGUGUCAAGUGCUUAGCGCCCUGCCUGCCUCAUCGCAAGCCUUCGCUGCAUCAAUCAAAGUUUCAGGUUCACCGGGAAAUUGAGGGGAAGGUGCAGAGAGCUCCCAUGGACCCCCAGCCCCCCAUGCACAGCCUCCCCCCAUCGCCACCCCACCAGAUGGAGCGUUUGUGGCACCUGAGGAACCGUCAGUCGCCACAGCGCGUGGCUUACCUAAUCGUUCACUCUUGGCCUCGAACACUCCGCGGGUCUAGACAGAUGUGUGGCACAUACCCUUCAUUAUGGUCUAGACAGAGCUUUGCCUUUUCCAGAAUGUUCCAUCGUUGGACUCAUACAGUUUUUGUGCGGACGCAAGUUUUUAGCUCCACUGGGGAAAUACCGAGGAGCACGACUGUGGGAUCUUAUGGUCGUUCCUCCACUUUUGACUCAUCUUCCCCUUCCCCCAGGCUCCCCAGCCAGUCCGGCUGCUGCCUGCCCACGGGGCCCAAACCGUCUUAACACUCCCCCCACCCCGGGAGUCUCACCCCAGCACACCUCCUACCCAGUCUUCAAUCUUCUCAACCCUUUAGAAUUAAAACAAAACGAAAACAAACCUAAGAGCGUUCU